AUGUCCCCUAAUCCGGAUAAGUUCGCAUUAUCUAUCACCGCUCCCACCGCCGGAAUUGGGUCUAAAACCCCUAAUUUUACAUUCGAACCGGUACACAAUGCGAAGAAAUUGACGUCUAUUCACGAGUGGGUGUCGGCCUUCCACUCUUUUGUUGCAGUCUACUGCGAAAAAUUCCCCAGAGAGACGCCAAAUUUGAUGCAAUUUUGCGAAACAGUGCGCGACAUCGCCACACGUGGGGGGGACUGGAACUAUUACGAUGAACAGUUCCGGUAUCUUCGUCAAGGCAACCCACAAACGUACCCUUGGGGAGUGGUACAUUGGGAGUUAUGGCAUCGCGCGGUGACUUUUCGUGCCAAAUCUGGAUAUUUUGCAACCGACAAACCCAACUCGAGGUUCAGGGGAAAACAAUCAAUGGUCAGAGGGGUGUGUUUCACGUUCAACGCCGGUCGUCCCUGUGCGGGCUGCAGAUAUGACCAUAAAUGCUCCAAAUGUGGUGGUAGACAUGCAGCUACGUCCUGUCAAUCUGCCUCGAACAUUCCCAAACCAGCCGGAGAUAGAACUAUCGCAACUCCAUCGCAUAAUAAACAGCCCGCCAGUAACGCCGGUAAAAGUAUCCACCCUUAG